AUGAACUGGCAAUAUUUGGUGCUCUGCCUCUUGUGCUGGAGCCAAGUUGGCCUUGCCGACAAUGGCAUGGAUAUGUCCACGGACGGUCCUAUGGAUCUUGCCGUAGGGAAUAUGCUUCCUUACCUGCACUUUACGCCAGGAGACAACCUGUGGUUCCUUGGCUGGGUUCCUAAGAGUUCGGGAGCCAUGAUUGGCACAUGCAUCGCACUGUUUAUGUUGGCAUUGAUCGAGCGCUGGAUAGCAGCUUGUCGAGGACUGAUGGAAUAUCACUGGCGCCAGCAGGCAACCAUCAUUGCCUCCGAUGAACUCAAUACCCUUCCGACUAAGUCAUCUUCUGUGGGAUUCAUAAAGCGCUUCACGCCCCCUUUCAUUCCCGCGCAUGAUAUUGUUCGUGGAGUCAUGUUCGCAGCGCAGGCGCUAUUGAGUUACCUAUUCAUGCUAACAGUCAUGACGUACCAGCUGAGUUUCAUAUUCUCCCUGGUGGUGGGGCUCGGAGUGGGAGAGACUCUCUUUGGAAGGUUUAGUAGCAUUGGGCUUACGCAUUAA